GGGUUUGUGGAACAUUCCUUUCAUGGCCCAUGUAUACCUCGUCAAAGGCAGCACCUUGAGGAAUGAACUGAAGGAGAGGAACUACUUUGUGCUGGGGAAACUAGACCCAGAUAUGGCUCUUUGUAGAAAUUCCAGAGAAAUGACCAGUCACAGAGAAAAAGACUCCCCUUCUCCGGAAUCAUUCCAUAUGCUCAGGCCCCCAAAGGGACUCUUCAUGUACAUAACAAACCGUCACGACUUUGGGAGGCUCAUUUCCACAGCCAAUUAUAACACUUCUCAUUAUAACAAUGACUUGUGGCAGAUAUUUGAAAACCCCACGGACUGGAAGGAGAAGUACAUCCACUCGAACUACUCUCGAAUUUUCACUGAGAACGUCAUGGAGGAGCCUUGCCCAGAUGUCUUCUGGUUCCCAGUCUUCUCACAGAAGGCCUGUGAUGAAAUCGUGGAGGAGACGGAGCACUACGGUUCCUGGUCGGGGGGGAAAAACGAG